AUGCCUAAACUAUCAAAAAAGAACCGAAAAAGUUUAAACAAUGACGAUAUCGUCAAUCUGGAAGACGAGUUUGGAAGUGCGCCUUCCAACUUAAAUGCCGCAAGCGUUCUUACAGCGAAAAGAAACACCGUCUACAAUCGCGUGGAAACGAUUUUGAAGACCUUUGAGAAGAAUCUCUCAGCAGAAAACUCAAGUCAAUUCAAGAUUUUCUACGAAAGACUAUCAACUUAUCAAGAACAAUUUGAUGAGCUUCAGGCGGAAAUCCUCAGCUUAAACGCUUCGCUCCCAGAUGACACUCAAAUUGAGUUCAAAAGAACUCAAGGAAAAUUCGACAGCAUGAUACACUCUGCGGAAACGCUGUAUCUCUCGUGCUGUCCGAAAAUCGCCGAGACAGCGAGCUAUGACUCCUCCGCAUCCAGCGGAGCCUCGCGCGGCCGAAUCCAACUCCCGAAAUUGCCUUUGCCGCGCUUUUCGGGUAAGUUAGAAGAUUGGCGCUCCUUCUACAAUCUCUUUGCAGCUUCCGUGCAUAACGAGAUGGAGUUGCCCACAGUGAGGAAAUUUCAAUAUCUCUUAAGCUCCCUUGAAGGUAGCGCUCGGGACCUAGUCAAAGGUCUUGACAUCACCGAAACAAAUUAUGACGUAGCUUGGAAACUUUUGUGUCAACGCUAUCAAUGUGAACGUCGUCAUAUUUACUACCACUACAAUGGACUUUUGGGACUGCCAGAAAUUAAGGAUUUGAAACACAUUCCGAACUUCCUCACGAAAGUGCGUGAACAUACGCAAGCACUUGAAGGAUUGGAUCACAAACUUCAAGAUUAUUCAUCCAUGCUGACAGCUGUGAUCACCGCCAAGAUGACGUUUUAUUUCAGAAAACGCUUUGAUGACUAUCGCGGUGCAGAUGUAAAAUACCCUAGACUUGAGAGCAUUCUCGACUUUCUCGAAAAAGAGUGUCUGCAGAUCGAAAGCUCUUCCAUGGAUUCUUCCAGCAACAAGGCUCAGGCGAAGGAUUCACAAGUUUCCAGGGGUACCAACUCAACAUCAAAUCCGUCAAAAUCGCACCAUAGUUCCCACAAGGUUUUUCUCAACAGUGAAGUAGUUGAGUCUACAAAUACUUGUGAAUUGUGCUCUGGAAAUCACGGCCUGUACAAAUGCAAUAAAUUUAAGCGCCUUUCUCCAAGCGCGCGAAAAAGCAAAGUAAUCGAAUUACGCCGAUGUACCAACUGCUUGUCUAAAAAACACGAAACUGCUGCCUGCGCUAGCGAAUAUUCCUGUCGAUUUUGCAAACAACAGCAUCAUAGCCUACUGUGUUCAAAUCCACGGAAAAACGUCGAUGGAGCAUCCAAUUCUAAUUCGCCCCCGGAGAACAUUAAAGUGCAUCUUUCCUCAGAGUUUGACACUCUGCCGUCUCGAAAUUUCACUUCUCUCCUUGGUACUGUGCUUCUCAACGUUAAGUGCCCUGAUAACUCGUAUAAACCUGUGCGAGCAAUUGCUGACAGUGGCGCUAUGUCAAGUUUCAUCAGUUAUGAGUGCGUUAAGCGCCUUCAAUUACCAAUGUAUGCAACCGACGCUGAAAUUUCAGGUAUCGGUAAUCAAGCGGUAAAACCUCUCGGUGAAGUGAAAUGCACGCUGAAACCUCGUCAAAAUUCCGAGCCGAUACUCCAUGCUCGUGCCACCGUUCUCUCUACAAUCACAGACUCAAUUCCUACUCAACCUGUCACGCCCGAAGUUCGAAAAUUUUGGAGUCAGCUUGAACUCGCGGAUCCAGCUUUUGACCAAGUCGGCGAAAUUGACAUGAUUUUGGGAGCUGAUCUAUUUCCCUAUAUUCUCACGGGGAAACGAAAAUUGACCGAGAGAAAUGGCUGCGCCCUACAGAGCGUUUAUGGUUGGAUAAUUAUCGGCCGAGUGAGCACAUCGAAAAAACCGAAAAGGCAAAAGCAGAAAAGCUUUUUGUCCAUCGAUGGCCUGCCACUCAGCGCAGAUUUUAAGAAAUUUUGGGAAACAGAAGAGCCACAGAAGCAUCAG